AUGUCUCUUUGUCGCGAUUGCCGCGUCCGCUUCAGCGUCGAAACCCGUCUCCUUCAUGUCGGCCUAGACGAUAGUGUUGCGCUCAACCCCUCUUUGGACGUCAAUCUCAAGCGUUCGGACGUUGGUCUCGACAGUGACCCCAUCUCCAGCCUCGACCUCGAUGACAAGAAAUGUCUGCUCACACUUGGCGGCGAUGUCAAACUAGGUCCCGAACCCGCCAUCACUGUUAAAAAACGCUCACUCGCGCUCGGUCUCAACGCUGACAUCGAACUCUCGGCGUUGAUUGAGGCGCGCUCUCGACGAUGA